GCCGGCGCUGACUUUGGCUCUUGCACCCCAACCAUGGAUUUCCAGUUUGGCCGUGCCCAGUUCAACCGCAAAGCCACCGAGGGAACCUUCUUCCCCACCGACGCCACCCUCGUCGCCAACAGCGGCCAGAGCGACGCUCUCAACCCCAACAUCAUCACCAACUUCAUCUGCGACCAGCUCACCAACGUCUGCAACGCCAACGACGCCGCCAAGACGGCCUGUGCGAGCGCGCAGGCGCAGGUGCAGAGCCUGGGCACCAAGGACGCCAGCACGGCGACCGCGUUCAAUUCGGCACUGGGGUUCUGA